GCUGGCUGUGAGGAGAACUGACGCUACUCUUUUUUUUUUCUUUGCUCUUUGUCACCGCGACACAUUUAUACCUGCAUUUCAAAACAAAAACGACAUAUAUCCUAAACUAAUUAGAGCAACUGGAGGAGUUUCGAUUCUCUCCGCGGGUUUUUUUUUAGUCAUUAAAGAGGGUUUCUAGAAAACUAAAAGUUGGAGGCUGGGCCUUUUUUUUUUUUUUUUUUUUUUUUUUAGCUUUUUGACCGUCGCUUGAGAGGAUAGGGGGAAAAAAGCUGGUCUUUUUUUUGUUGUUAUAAAAAAUUUAAAAAAACUCGAUAAAUGCUACUCACGAAAAUGGACCUGUUGAACUACCAGUACCUGGACAAAAUGAACAACAACAUUGGCAUUCUCUGCUACGAAGGUGAAGCAGCUUUGAGGGGGGACCCCAGACUCCAGUCCCUGUCCCUAUCCUCGUCUUCCUCAUCAUCGUCAUCCUCUUCGUCAUCAUCUUCCUCUUCCUCCUCCAUCUCCAGCCACAGGACAGGUCCUCCUCCCAUCAGCCCCACCAAGAGGAAGCUGAGCGGGGACCAGGGGGACAGCGACAUGGACGACAGCGAGCAUGUGGCAAAGAUUAGCCGACUGUUUGCUGCACAGCUGAAACCUAACGGAGAUUAUCGCAGCUCUCCCAUCUCCAAGGACCAGAGCCGGAGCCCCAUCGAGCGUGUGGUGGUGCCCAGUGCUCUGGGAGUCCACAGCAACCACCUGUACAGCCACGCCCACCACCACCACCAUCACCACCUGGCCAGCUUAGCCAGCAUGGACCAGCCGCUGGCCCUCACCAAGAACAGCAUGGUGGAGUCUGCACGUAGCAGCACAGCAGCUAUGGCCACAGUGCCACACACAGUCAGUGCAGUGGAACGCCAGCAGAAUCGUCCGUCAGUGAUCACAUGCGCCCCAGCCAACAACCGCAACUGCAACUUGUCUCACUGUCCAGUCUCCCACAAUGGCUGCUCAAGCCUCUCUAACAACUACAGGAGAAUCAACACCAACACAGCUUGUGACCCGGUGAUUGAGGAGCAUUUCCGUCGUAGCCUUGGGAAGAACUACAAGGAGCCCGAACCUGCCGCCACCAACUCUGUGUCCAUCACAGGCUCGGUGGACGACCAUUUCGCCAAGGCGCUGGGUGAGACCUGGCAUCAGAUCAAAAACAAGGGGAGUCCCUCCUCGUCCGGCAGCAGCCCAAACUCCUCCCCCGACAGUCACAUGGUCAAUCACAACCACUCCCCUUCUGUGGUCUCCUGAAGGAGGAGGGAUUUAAGAGGGAUUUUUUCCCCCCUGUCUCCCCUUCCCUCCCAGUCCUCCCAGCUCCAAAACCAACACCCCCGUCACUUUGGUCCGUCACCAGCAUCCCAGAGGGAAUGCCUGCCUGCUGGUCUGCUAAAAACAUCCAAAACUCUGAAAGCCUGCUCUAACCUCUCUAUGCACUCAUAGAGGAUCAAUCAAGCAAUAACAACAUGGUUAUUGUUUUUUUCCUUCUGUCCUUUGGUAUGCGAAUGCCAGAUAAGAUUCAGUAACGUGAUGAGGUUUCAACUUUGGGACUCGACCGGAGCAUCAAGUUGCUCCCUCCAAUCAUUCAUCACCCCUGCAUGUCAAGCUUGGAGCUGAGCAAGUGUCUGUAGUUAUAUGUACAUAAAGAGAGAAAGGAAAGGUGGUGUUUUAAUUAUUAAUUUUCUUUUCUUCUUCUUUUUUUUGUUUGUUUGUUUGUUUCUUUAACAGUAGUUUUGUUGUACUGCUUCUGUGUUACGAGAUGCCCGACAUUUGAGAGAGAAAAAAAAGAUAAGCGAGAAACUCUUUGGAGAAACUGAUCACAAACCACCUGACUGUGCUACCAAAGAAACCUCAGACACUGAUGUUUAUCUCUGCCCACCUCGAAAAACAAAACGACAAAAGAGGCCUUUUUGUAAUCCCCUCCUCCUGUUUUAUCUUCUUUCAUUCUCUCUCCAUCUUUUCUGUGCCAUCUCUCUCCUGUGUAUGUGUUCUGGUGGUUUUGUUACUGUAUGUGUAUACUUAAGUGAUUGACUUGGUCUGAUUUGCACUACUGCUGUAGAGGGUAAAGGAUGGCAUGCCAGUGUUGUAACCUGGCACUGCACACAUUGCGACUGAUACAGCUGAUUUUGACACAAACUGAUAUUAUCCAACUUUUCUAUUUGAUCUUCCAUUAACUCUUGUUGAAAAACUACCCUAGGCAGAUUUUCAUACUGACAGAGAUACACAAGUACAAGCCACUUUAUUAAUUAAUGCAUUUCUGAGAAAAUAGAAAUACAUAUCACUGGGGUUGGGCAGUAUGGAAUUAGUAGAGAUAUAAAACAUAAUACAGAUUUGGAUACAAUGUCUCCUCACUGCAUAUUGACUAGUGUAGUCAUUAACUAAAGACAAACAUGCUGAGAAAAGGUAAGUGAACAAAUUGAAACAUUUAGAUAAUAAAAAUAUAUUUUGUUUUGAGGUGAAAAAAAAAGAAGGUAUCCAACGAUGAAACUAGUUCAAUGUCUAAACGAUGG